AUGGAGGUCAAGAUCCCGCGACUAAUUGAUACCAAGGCCGGCAACGAGCGCAAGAAGCCAUCCAGCCGGCUCCAGAAGCAAGCACCGGCGACGCUGCAGCUCGACGCCACGAAGCGCAACACCGCCUUCGUGAUGGGAGCCGAUGACGCCGCUGCUUCCGCUCCCAUCCCCUUGUUGUCCCCGCUCCUUCUGUCUCCUUCCCCGUUGUGUGACGUCGAAGAAUCAAACUCCGCGGGGGAGGAUAAAGGUGACGGCGGCGGUUCGCAGACGUCGUCGCCGGCGUCUCCGCCGGAGGGAUGGCAUCACCCGGCUCUGCCCGUGGCGGCGAUGGAGCCCGCAUCCCUGGUGCCUAGCUUUGAGUUACAAUGCUCCAUGGUGCACAAUGUGCAAUAG